AUGCCAAAAAUACUCCUCGGAAAGGAGAAAUAGGACCUGGGAAUUCUACAGUCAACUUUGUUAUAUUUGCAUGUGGAGAAAGAGAAUGAGUUUGGAUGCAAGAAAUGUGAUAUUUAGGUUAGUUGGUAAGAAAGGUAUGUGCCGCAAGAGCAAACAGUCUGCAAGAAAUUAGCUAAUUGUAAUCAAGUGCUGCAAGCGAAAGGGAGGAGGGUCUGAGAGAGUCAGACAGUCAAUAAAGGCACGGGGAGGUGUAGCAGACAGAAACACACAGAUAGAAAUGAAAAUAUUGGCAUAUAGAAGUAGCAAAGAGGGGAAACGGGCUGACAGAUUUGAGUGAAGAAUAAUUUAUGCUAAAACAGCUCCGAGUGAAGAUUGUCGUGUCCAAGCAAAGCAAUAGACUUAUUGAGAAGGAAUGAAACUGGCAGCAGGACGAAGGCCGGAGUAAUAGAAAGGUAUUUCCCCAGUGUCAAUGGAGGCACUUGGUCAACAAUCUGAGUUGUGCAGUCCAAACCUUAAAUCAGAACCACUCAAAGUGAUACAGGAAAUAGAUGGGAUAGAGCAACACUCUGAAAUCAGUGAGUUAAUCCAAGAAAGUGUGGUCACAGAACCCCCUCAAAUGACACAUUUACCAGUCACUCAGAUUUCACAAAUAAAGAAUGGGAGCCCAAGAAAUUUCCAUUUACCCAACCCAAAGGGACCAAACAAGUCACUGUCCCAGUCAAACAAGCAGAGUAGCAGAAGCAUUAAAGAUACAGAACCUUCAUAUCUUUCACCAGAGUCACAAGAGGAUUGCUGUGUACACUGCACCCUAGCACUCCUCUUCUGUCAGUUUCUAUCACUGUGUAACUUGGUGCUGGAUGUCUUAACAUGUGGUUCCUGUUCAGCUGAUUCUGCUGAGUUCUGCUGUACCUGCUGCUCAAUGGGUGGAUGUCCUGAUUGCAGUGAUUCCUGUGACACAGACUGUGGGAUUGUGGAUGCUUGUUGUGAAUCAACAGACUGUCUAGAAAUCUGCAUGGAGUGCUGUGGUCUGUGCUUUUCUUCCUGAAAGGAGUCCUUUAUGAUGUACUGGCAGCUCUCUAUUACAUGCAUUUUGCACAACAUAUGCUCUAUAAGAGUUAGAACAGCUCCAGAAUUAAAACAGACAUUGCUGUUACACUGGCUACUAUUAUAGUGAGUGUUAUAAAAUCACUACCACUACAAAUCUACCCAAAAAUGCCUUGCAAUAGACUAACAUUGGGCUCACCACAAAUAUUGCUAGCGGCAGUAUGGCUUAAUUUAGUCUAGCUCGAUUCAGUCAGAUCAAUGUAAUACGCAUUAUACGUGCCAAUCAUAAUGUAAAGGUGGCCAUACACAGGGGUCGAUUGUAGCUGCCGAUAUUGGUUCCUUAGACCGAUUUGGUAGCU